GAUAUAAAUCCGCCUCCGCGGUAAAGCCUUAUUGUUCGUUUGGGGCAAAAAAAAGUAGCGACACGAAUACUCCGUCCCUCUUUCUGUCGCUGCAGAUUUUUGGGGGGAAAAGGGGAAUCCGGCGAAGCGCAAGUCGAGAGAUGGCGCGUACCAAGCAGACUGCUCGCAAGUCCACAGGAGGAAAGGCUCCUAGGAAGCAACUCGCUACAAAGGCAGCCCGUAAGUCGGCACCUACAACUGGAGGAGUCAAGAAGCCUCACCGUUACCGCCCAGGGACUGUUGCUCUUCGUGAGAUCCGCAAGUACCAGAAGAGCACUGAGUUGCUGAUAAGGAAGCUGCCAUUCCAGAGGCUUGUCAGGGAGAUUGCUCAGGAUUUCAAGACCGAUCUGCGCUUCCAGAGCCAUGCCGUGCUUGCUCUGCAGGAGGCAGCAGAGGCCUACCUGGUGGGUCUCUUCGAGGACACCAACCUGUGCGCCAUCCACGCCAAGCGCGUCACCAUCAUGCCCAAGGACAUUCAGUUGGCAAGGAGGAUCCGUGGCGAGAGAGCUUAGUCUGCUGAUGGGUCUUCGUUGUGUGCUCGUUAGCCUUUGUGAAAAGAUGAUAUAGUAACCACUGGUCAGUUUGACUGAAGCCGUAGUAGCUUACUAGCAUGUGUCAGUUCUUCACGUGUCUGGAGUCUGGACAGAGUAAGUAUUCGUGUCAUUUGAACUGAUGGUCUGGUGUCGUGGUAUUUCAUCCGCCAGCUGAUGGAUGUGUAUCCUGGUCUAAGUAACUAUGGUUGUCUGAACAGUCAGUAUUUUCGUCUCAUGGUAUGUUUGCCAUUUCUAAUUUGUUGCCUGUC